CUCGUUAAUAGACCGGCAUUAUCUGGCUGGGCUCUCCACGCAGCUGACCGGCUCCUCUCGCUCUCUCACUCUCGCCGGAAUCGCCAACGGUUUAUAUACAUCGUCGUAUAUACUCAAGUUUUCUUAUAUCAGUUUGCUGCGAUUGUUUGGUUUCACUCCGCAGUGUUAGUUUUUCUUUCCACACCAACAUUUUAUCUCGACAUUUUCAUUUAUUUGACUUGUGCAAAAAGUGUCAUCCAUCGAAUUUCGAUUGUGUCGUUUCAACUAUUUGAAUUUGUUUUCGCUACAAAACCCAAAAUUCGUUUCGGUGUCGAUUUGCGACCAAUGUGCCAAGUGAUGAACGAUGAUCUUGGGCCCAAACGUACGGCCAAUCAUUCCAGCCAUCCAUCAGUCACUUCGUUCGGCCAUCCGCAUCAGCACCGCCACCAGCAACAAAUUAACAACAGCAGUUCGCUCUCUGUCGCCAUGAACGGGCACGGCAAUCUGGUGAUGAACGCCAUGUCUGCUGGCCGGCAGUCGUCUUCAGCUUCCCACCAUCACGGCCUGUUUGCCGCAAAUCACUCGUCGAUGAUUCCGCUCGACUUGCGGGGAGCGGCCAUCGGUGGCAACGGCAACGGCCUCGUUCCUCCGCCUUCUUCCGCUUCGUAUCCGGCCAGCGAUGAAGGCGACGCCCUUGACAGUGGGACGGAAGAGAACCACCACGAAGACUUGUGCGAAAUCAACGUCGACUCGGACGAUUCCGACGACGCCGGCGAGGAGAUGGACGACAACGACGGGCCACUCCACGGCCACCACAAUUUCCCGUUUCCCUUCGAUCCGCACAGUCCGUUUCUAGGCCAGGCGGCGGCCUUUUUCGGAGCCGGCGGAGGCGUUGCCGGAGGACUCAUGAAUCCGGCCAUGACGGCGGCGGCGGCCGCUCAGGCCGAGUGGUUCAUGCAGGCCGCCAUGGCCAAUGCGGCCACCAUGAGCCAGCAGCAGCAAAUGCACCAGCAAUUGCCCUCCUCCCAUCCGCAUCCGGCCGGAUCCUCCGACAUGAUGUCCAGCCACGGCGGCAAAGCUUCUCACAGCAAGUCGUCCAGCCGCCAUCACCAGGAGAAAUCCGGAAAGGACCAGCACAAGGACGGAAAGAGUCACAACAAGAGCCACAAUCGGAGUUCCGGAUCCAGCGACGGCGAAACCGGCGGAAGUGCCGUCAGCGGCAGCGGCGGUGGGGGUGGCAAGUCGAAGAAAAGCGGAUUGGUCAAGCCGCCCUAUUCGUACAUUGCGCUCAUCACCAUGGCCAUUUUGUCGAAUCCGCACAAGAAGUUGACGCUGAGCGGAAUCUGCGAGUUCAUCAUGAACCGGUUCCCUUACUACCGCGACCGUUUUCCCGCCUGGCAGAACUCGAUCCGGCACAAUCUCAGCCUCAACGAUUGCUUCGUCAAGAUUCCGCGCGAGCCGGGCAAUCCGGGCAAAGGAAACUACUGGACGCUGGACCCGAUGGCUGAGGACAUGUUCGACAACGGCUCAUUCCUGCGCCGCCGGAAGCGUUACAAGAGGCAGCAGUCGGACUUUUUCCGCGAUCCGGCAGCCGCAACGGCCGCUUUUCUUCAUCAUAUGGCCGUUACAGAUCCGUACACCCACCAGGCCUUGAUGGCCGGGCAUCAUCAUCCGCAUCAUGCGGCCAUGGCGGCGGUGGCAGCCGCUUUCCCGCCUACUCCUCUAGCUACUCCGCAGGAUCGGAUGCCUCCGACCCAGUCGGCGGCGGUCAACGGACCGGCCAACGGACCCGGUAAUUUCUUGCCACCGUUCAAUUUGAGUGGCUUGGGUCUUCCGUCGGGUUUCUCACUGCCUCCGCAGCAACAUCAUCCGCACAACAUGGGCCAUUCAUCCGGCCAGCCACAGCAUCCACUAGGCGGUGGCUUCCAUCCCAGCCCAUCCGGCGGUCAGGAGAUGCAGCAACUUGGCGGCCAAUUCCAGGCCGGCAACAACAUCCUCAAGCCCAUCGCCGUUCCGGCCAGCAGUAGCAACAGCACGUCUUCUGGCAUUCAGCGAUCGCCUUCCAUCGGCCGGCACGUUUCAAGUAAGGGUCCAGCCGUCCCCCAGUUUUCUCCGGAAUCAUCCGGAACGCCUGGCAGUCCGACGACUCCCAAUUCGCCCGGCUCUUCUUCCGUCCCAACCGGCCGGAAGAGUGGCUCCAGCAAGACGACUUUCAGCAUCGACAGCAUCAUUGGCAGCGGUAAGGGCGAAGCCAUGGCCUCCAUCACGUCCGUCGAUGCCGAGCUGAAAGCCACGGCCACGGCGGCCAUGUCACCGACCAGCGGAGUGACAGGCCCAGCCUCGGCUGAUGGCCUACCGUCCAUCGUCGAAACCGAAUUCAACUUAUCCAACUUGUCCAACGGCGAUUUAGAUAAACUGCGCCGUUUGGCCAUGGUGUCCGGCGUCCAGGGCCUGUCACGAUUCGCCAACAGCUUGGCUCCCGUCACCUGGGCAAGAUGAAGAUGAGACACUCCCCCCCAAAACUAUAGAGCCUAUCCCCCCCCCCCAUAUACUCCCCAUGCUCAUUUGCAAUUUCUAGUUCGACAAAGCAGCUAAGCGAUUCUUUUCCGUCGCAAUUUUAAUGUGUGUGUGCGUGUGUUCCUGUGCAAAGGGUUUUUGUUGUACGUUGUACGUUAGGUGGGAUUUAUUUUAGUUGUUGGUUCUCUCUCCCUCUUUUUAUAUAAUAUCCUAAAACAACCCACUCUAUACCGUUCGCGUCGUUCGUUUCGUUUUUUUUUUUUACAAUCAGGCAAAUUGAAGGAAAAAUUGUAAUUGCAUUAUUAUUGUAUUAUAUAUAUCAAAUGUACAUAUUUAAAAAAAGAAUUUGUUAGAAAUAAUAAUGGCGAACCAGUUUCGAUUCCGGAGCAGGAACGCGCGCGGUUCAUUUCAAAAAUAUUUUGAUCUCAAAAUUCAAACAAAACAUUUUUUUUUUUUAGAAAACUGAUAACGACAGAACCAUUGAAAAUUGUAGACUAAAAAGAAAAGCAAAAAACAAGAUUCUGUUUAGGCCCGCGAAUGUGUCUGUGAAUGAUGAUUGGAAAAAUUGCAUAAUUGUCAGCGCACUUGCGCUAUAUAUUACCCACCACUACAUAGUUGUAUCUAUACAUAAUAAUAACAGCCACGUUUUUUUUUUAUAAAUAUAAAUACUACACAUAAUUUAUGUCAUAAUACGCGGUAUACAGUUUCAUUUGGAAAAACGUGCUGUCCUCCUCUUCCUCAUGUGUGAGCGCUCCACCAUAUAAUAAAUUAAAUGUCUAACAAACCGUUUGCGAGCUCUCCUGUUCUCUCUCUUAUAUUAUUAUAUCUCCCUUCUCUUUUUGUCUCCCGACCUUGUUAUUUUUUUCUCCUCUGAAUUCCUCCGCCGAGCGUACAUCUGAAAUUUUGUUGUGCACAUGUUGUCAAUGUCGAUGUGCUGCUGCCCAUGGAAAAAGGCCGUUAACAAUAUACAAUCCCUCUGACAAAA